AUGCCCGAUAGCGCCAGGGAAGGGGAAGUAGCCCACCUCACAGCCCGCUGCUGUCUCUUCACCAUCCGUCACAGUGAGAUUCUGCUGCACUGCUUGACUCUGUGGAAAGAGGGCCAACGUGGCGACGGUGACUCGUUUGACUCGACGGAGACCCGCAGUCUCACGCUUGCAAACGCAGGCAACGAUGACGUGGGGAACUCGGAGAGGCACUGGGACUGCGCGCUCGGUGGCAGGUGUUGUGCAACUUAUCUCCCACAGUACCUCCGCUAUCGACAAGGAGUUUGCCUGGCACAAAUGGCCGCUGCCGUUACGACUAUCUUGACCCAUUACCGGAACCUGCUUGUGGGAAGCCUUUACACCAACGACGGAGCGGGGGGGAGAGCAGAAUCCCAUUUAUGCCACUCAAUCACCCUCCCAACUCCGCGUGUACGACUGCACGGGGCGCAACAAAAGGAGCAGCCAAGCACAUACAUUGCCCAGCUGAUGCUCACCAGUAUCCUGCAGAGUGGUACUAGCGCGCCUCCCAAAGCAGUGAGCCCUCUUGGGACUGACUCCAGCGCGAGCAGCGACAAGGCUCUCUGUCUCAGUAAUGUCUACCGUCGUCAGAAGCUCCUCUGCGGCACACCGCGGAUCGUCAACUUAGGUCCGCGCAGGUCCCGGUUACUUUCUUGCAUAAUGGUUUACCUGCGUGCUGACAUGAAGGGGAGUCUUUGCACGCAGGUGUACUGGCUCACCUCGGGGGUGCACGAGCGUUACUACGGCACCCCAGGAAAAAUGAGAUGCGUUUUUUUCUUUCGUGAAGCCGAGCUGAAACCCGGAAGUGCUGGGCAGGGCCUUGGCUGGGUUACAGCCUGGCAAAGCCGCGCGAAUGCUCAACGCGGAGAUGGCCAUGUGUGCGGCUGGCACCCCUGCGGUGGCUCUGACGAGCGAUUACCCAACGAAGCUGCCUGUUGCAGGACCAGCUGA